AUGUUGACGCCGCCAGAGGAGUUUGUCGGCAAGUGUCGUAAGCUGAGGAAUCGCAUCGAGGACGAGAGAAAAUCUUCCUCUUUCACCUGCGGAGGUACCAUAACGAUUCAAGGACAUGGAGGUGAGCAGAAAGAAGCGGAGGAGACAUCUCUUCACAGCUCGCCUUCCUUGAAUCUGUUCUGGAAGACAGCCGGCAAGACGAGCGCAGAGAAGCUCACUCUGCCAAUCACCGGGACUGGGGACUCGACGGCCGCCAGAUUACAGCAGCUUGUGCAAGAUUGCUCGCCGGCAACGUUUGGGGUGGGCUCCAAAGACAUCCUGGACCCUGACUAUCGCCGGGCUGGCAAGUUGGACGCGGACUCAUUCGCCUCCACCUUUCAUCCAGCGGACUUUGGCAUCCUCGAGAGCAUCCAGCAGGUGCUACUUCCGAGUAUCAGCUCCGACUUGGAAAACAGACUCCCGUUCAGAAAGUUGACCGCAGAUCUGUACAAGAUGAAUGUUUAUUCCGGGCCAGCCGGUCUGUUUCGACGACAUGUAGACACCCCCCGCUCAUCCAAGCAGAUCGGCUCGCUGGUCGUCUGUCUUCCAUCCGAGUUUUCCGGGGGCCAGCUGAUUGUACGCCAUCACGGAAAGACCGUUUCCUUUGACUGGAGUUCGUCCAGUGGCUCGACAAUCCAGUGGGCUGCAUUCUACAGUGACUGUGAGCAUGAGAUUGAGCAGAUCUCCACGGGUCAUCGUAUCACCCUGACAUAUAACUUGGUUGUAUCCGAGCCGGGGUAUUGCGAUUUGCCCAGCCCCGUCGUCGACCCCAAGUCGCUCCCUCUAUACGCCAUGUUGAAAGACAUGGUUGCAAAGCCUGGUGCACUGGAUAAAGGUGGCGUGCUGGGGGUCUUCUGUUCCCAUGCUUAUGCCCACUCCUCCACGACAGCGGAGCACUCCUUGCCCCAGAUUCUCAAAGGCAGUGACUUGGUACUGUAUUCCGUAUUCAAAUCGCUCGGGCUCCAGGUCAAUGUGCUUCCGGUCCGAGAGGCGGACGGAUUCUACCACACCGAGAAUCCUCAGAUGGAUAUCGGGGGGAGAACGCACCCGAAGCGAGACAAAUAUGCCAUUGAUGAAUACGAAGACAGCCUGGGUUACGCAACCAAGCGAUAUUGGCCCUUUUACCGCCUGCCGGGCGUUUUCUGGCUCACCGAGCCGAAGCAGGAGGAGAUGGCGUUCAGCUACCUGGCGUACGGCAACGAAUCGAGUGUGGAAACCAUGUACUCCUGUGCAGCCAUCUUUGCCGUGAUUCCACCAUUGGAGAAACGUCAUGGUGAGAAAUGGAAGUUAUUAGUUCAGGAAUAG